UCAUAUUAUGCUGUACUAACUUCAAUUAGGGCGCUGGUCCUUAUCAUAUCUUAAAGAAACCCCCGUGAGGACUGUCCCGAUACAAAAAGGGACUAUUGUCGGAUUUGGCGCAUCUCAUUCUCAUUCGGAAAAUCUUAAGAAAAAUCUACCGAGUUUACUGAAGAAAUAUCAAUUCAGUAGUGUUGUUGCGUGCUCGGUACAAUUUUCAUUGGGUUAGGACACUUCAGUAAUAUAGCGCCGCUGCAAGGGAGAGAAAUUUGAUAAGAGAAUAAUAACACACCAUCAGAGCAGAUAUUAUUAUAUUUAGUUUGAAGUUUUCGUAACAGUUGAGAAGUAUCUGAUAAAUGUGUUGUUAUUGUUGUUGUCGUCAUUCAUUGUUGACUAAGGUGUUGUUUUGAGAUAUGCUUAAAGUUGGUAUCUAGUAUCUGGUAAAAUGUAAAUUGAGUCGAAAAAAACGGAUAUAUAGUCGGUCCAUAAUCUGGAAAACGAAGUACCAAUACGAAAACUCCAAUGACACAUUUUUACAUUCGAAAACUUCUUGCCUCUCUGGGCAUCGUAGUCGGUUAUCCUGAGUCAAUGCCUAAUGAGCCUUUCAGCAUACAAUCUGACAAGUCCUGUAAGGAUAGCAAACCGAGGAGGAGAGAAUAGCAAAAACGAUUACAGAUGUGGUGUGUCUUCUGAAAAUUUCAAAUCAAAGUGUCUUGUCCUUCUCAACUGUCUUCGUAUAAUCCUUAUAUGACUGGUGGGCGUGUUUCAGGCAAUUAUCCUUCAUUGAGCUUACAAAACAAGGAAUCUACACUAAAAUGUAGCACCGCAGUUAAAACCCCUCGGAGAUAACUCUGGCUCAACUUGACAUCUAAAAAAGAUACCAGAUUGUUUGAAACACAAAUAUAUUUUGUGGAAGGAUCGUGAUUUUCUAAGAAAAAUCAAUCAGAAACCUGGAAUACGUGUCAACAGGUUCGGUAGAAGAUAUCAUAAAAGGCUUGUCACAAGGAUAGGAAACGAGUGCAUUCGAACGGAGACAAUAAAAAUGGGCAAAGAUCAUGAAUUCUUGGAAGCUGCUCGUAGUGGCAAUAUAACUCUUGUUGAAAAGAUUCUAAAUCAAAAGGCAAAGCGAUCCGGACCAUUAGCAAGUCUUAGACGUGGUCCUGGUUCGAAUGUGCAGGAUAACAGCGGAUAUUCAGCGCUGCAUCACGCAACCCUCAAUGGUCAUGUAGAUGUUGUGAAACUUCUACUGGCACACGAAGCUUCCCCUAAUCUUCCCGAUAAUCGUGGUGCAUCACCUCUACAUUUAGCCGCAUGGGCAGGUCACCAGGAAAUUGUAAAAUUAUUUUUAACACACCCUCAUCGACCUGCCAAUCCAAACUUGCAGACUGUCGAUAAUGAAACUCCGCUACAUUUUGCCGCUCAACAUGGUCAUACCGGAGCCUUGACCACGUUGCUUGCCCAUGGUGCUGAUCCUAACGUAACAAAUAAUCGAAAUGAAACGCCCUUGGAUUUGGCAGCCCAAUAUGGUCGUUUGCAAGCUGUACAAAUGUUAAUACGUGCCCACCCAGAGCUCUUAGAACCAUUCAAGACGACCGCAAUGGUGUCCAGUGGGAAUACAGAUGGCUCAAGGAAUUGUCCGCAUCGUGCCAUGGUCAGUCAUUCACCCCUUCAUCUUGCCAGUCGUAAUGGACACAAAAGUGUCGUGGAAGUCCUGUUGGCGGCUGGUGUUAAUGUUAAUUUGUUAACACCUUCUGGGACAGCAUUGCAUGAAGCAGCUCUCUGUGGAAAGGAUAGUGUAGUAAGGACAUUAUUAGAAUUCGGAGCAGAUAUGGAUGCUACGGACAGCGAAAAUCGAACAGCUUUAGAUAUCCUUGAAGAAUUUCCACCGCAUGUGACAAAAGGGAUUGUAUCCGUUAUAAAUAGUCAUAGAAAUUCAAAUAUAUAUGAUAGUGAGUCGGACGACAUUGUUCGUGAAUGUAGCAAUAACAAACAUCAUAACCUGCAAGAUCAGCGUCAAUCCUACUAUCCACAUCGUCACUAUCAACAGCAACAUCACAAACAAUAUCAGCAGGUUAGCAGUAAUAAAAACAAUUUAGGUAGCUCAUAUGAAAACAGUUGUUCAUCACCGGUUCAUAACUAUUACAGUUCAUCACAUCAUGAAAUGACAAGCCCAUCAUCUUCUAUGGGUAGUUUAGGACCGCCUAGUCCACGACAACGAACAUCAAGUGGAGAUCUUUCCGAAUUCUAUGUUCCAAUGGAAAUUAAAAAAAAGAUUAAAUCAACGGCACCGAAAAAACCACCAAGACGUAAUCUCUCCGUAUCACCAACUCAUCUGAAUGAAUGCGGUGGGAAUAUAUCUCAUGGAGGACGAGAUGGAUGCAUGUCAAUGUCAGUUGAUGGUUAUACUCCGAUGGGUAAUCGUAGUGGUGGUUCAGGAUCAGAUUCUUCAUCAAAACUGCCAGGACAACAACAGGGUCCGGUUAACUAUGAGUAUAUAUUUUUGGCUCAUACAGGAAGUAAAAAGGAUAAUGCAGAAAUUCAAUCUAGAACAGGAAGCGGAGGAGGCGAUUCUGAUUAUGUACAGAUGAUGCCAAGACCAGAACCACGCACUUCACUUGCUCAUCCUUAUGAAAACACAACUUUAAAAUCAUAUAAUCCUAAUCGAAAACUGCGACGAAAUAGGGAUAACUAUGAACUAUUUAGUACAGAUAAUCAUCAUGUAAUAAUGCAUUCAACAUCACCAACUGGAUCAUCAAGUACAACAACACCUCAAAGCCCGACGAACUAUCAUCAACCCCCGACUCCUGAACAUCCACCCCCAACUGCAACACAAGCUGAAAAAUUCAUCCACGAACGUAUACGACCGCUAAAUCAGGAAUACAAACGUCGUUCCGGAAUUUUACAACAAACGCUAAUCAUGACUGAAUCUGGUACCUCACCCCCUGAACCACUAUGUCCAUCACUUUGUGCAAGUAGUGGAUCCUUAAGUUCAAGUAUAUCAAUAUCCGAUCGAAGUGUAUCCACAGAUUGUGUGGAAGAGUUUAUCGGUGAUGUGCCCUUUGCUGGCCUGUUCAAAGGAUCAACAAUGACAUUAAAUAAUGCAAGCAUGGGCUACCCUCAACAAUGUCGUUAUCAGCAAAACUAUAAUUAUACAGACGGUUCACUUGGAGGACGUCAACAACAUUUAGACCGCUCCAGGUUGCUUUCCAGUCAGCAUCAGUAUAACGACUUCCGUAUGGAAUACCAACAGAAUCGAUCACUAAGUUUCGGAGGAAUUAUAAACUCAUCCUUAGCCGAUCAGGAUGACGAAAUUCCAGGAACUAGUCGAGGAUACAAUAAUCCUCAAAAUAUACAUAACAUACUGGACCAACAUCUUCAACCGCAAUCACUCGUUCACGAACAUGGUUCGGUGGAUGGGUCCUUUUGUCAAGAAAUCUAUAAUCACGAUCAAAUUGAUGGAGGAUUCAAUCGAAAGGAGAAAACUGCUUCAGAUCGGGUAAAUAAUGAUGUUUUUAGUCCGUUUGAUGAAGAGGAAGCAUGGGCUAAGAUUUCCGAGAUUAUGGAGUCAUUUGGUAGCGGCAUUCUAACCGGUGAUAGUAAGCAUGAUGAUGACUGGAAUGAGAGUACUAUGAAACAGAACCAUGACAAUGUUGACAGUGGGCAUAAAAAGUCCUGUCGAAAUUCGAAAUACACAUCCUUAAGGCAGUUUCUGCAGGAAUAUAAUCUAGAACAUUUAGACAAUAUAUUGGUUGAUAGUGGAUUUGAUCAUAUUGAACAUUUGAAUGGUAUUCUCGACGAGAGCGACCUCAAUGCGAUGAAUAUCGCAGUUCAACCUGAUGGCCGAGAAUUGCUUGAUGCCAUUAAACAACUACCCCUUACACAAGCGCUACCCUCACUUCAUAAACACCACCAAGAACUACAACAAAAUAAUAAUAAUUCUAUAUUGAAUGUGGAUCAAUGGCUUCAGGAUAUCCAUUUACCGGAAUACGCGGAUAUUUUUAAACGGCAUCUAUGCAAAAAUCUCGAAGGUAGUUGCGGCAGUGGCUCUGUAGAUGGUUGUCGUGUUUGGGAAGUUGAACUACAAACCGUAUUGGAAAUUAGUAAAAUCGGUCAUCGAAAGAGGAUUUUAUAUUCAAUUUCAAAUAGCAGGAAGACCCAACCACAAUUAACUACAACAGCAUCAACAAUAAUCCAAAAACUGAAUGAUGAGCUUAGUUCAUUAGACACGAAUAUAAUGAGUGUGAAAGAUGAAUUGAAAAAUGUUUCAGCAACUUCGACCACAACAUCAACAACUGCACCCGUUUCUACAACGGCUGCAACUUCCACAACAAAUGCAGCGACAAUUAAGCAUAACAACAAAAAAAAUAGACCUGCACCGAAACCCCCAGUACGAGCAAACUCCUUAGAAAUUCGUGCUCCAUCUGAGUUACUGCUGGGUUUACCAAGCAAUCUACGAACACAAUGGCGACAUCCGGCCAGCGUGCUGAUCACCAACUCUGUAACAUAUGAUGUUUAUUAUCUAGGAUCGACUGUUGUUAAGGAACUACGAGGAACAGAAUCUACACGGAAAUCUAUACAAAAAUUGAAACGUGACAAUCGCUCAUGUAAUGGUAGCAAUAAUGUAACAAAUAGUGGGGGUAUGGUUAGUAGCGUAGGUUGUGGCAGUGGCCCUAUUUCUGGGCCAGCUAGCGAAUUCCAAUUAUCAUCAAGUUGCUUGAGUCAACAGCCAAGACAACGAAAGCAGCUAGUUCGUCUAUCAAUAUCUCACCGAGGGGUUGAAUUUAUCAAUACAGAAUCUCAUAACACAAUAUGCGAGCAUGAAAUCCGGAACAUAAAUUGUGCAUGCCAAGCGGCCGAUGAUCUGAGCCAUUUCGCUUAUAUUACAAAGGAUGCAGAUAUGAAUAUUCACUAUUGUCACGUAUUCAAUGCUGAUUCCAUGGAUCUAGCGACUGAAAUCAUACUAACACUAGGACAGGCCUUCGAGGUGGCCUAUCAAUUAGCAUUACGUGAAGCCUCACCGAAAAACCUUAUCAGGACAUCAAUGUUUGAAGUAAUAAAGUAGAAAGGCUGACUAUGCGCGUAGCUAGCGCAUGAUAUAUCAACCACAGGCGAACAUAUGUUUGACGGAUAUUUGCAGGAUCUGCAUUCUCCACUUAAGGUUUUUCUGUAUAUAAAAGUUUAGAUUUUUCUUUCCCAUUUUCUUUUUGGUUUAACCAGGAAGCCAUAAGUGAUAUUUUUUUUUUGAAAAUUUUAGGAAAUGUUUUUACUAUACAGAAUAAAAAUUUUGUUAAACGUUCAAUUUCACUAUAGUUGUAAGGAUAUUUGUUGUUUUCCAAUUAUACUUUAUUAGUGUUAUCUUUUCAAUCUGUGGAGGAAAUUAGAUUAAUGGCAAUUUGCCAGUACUAUCCUUGCGAUGAUUAUAAAUACAAAUUCUGCGGAACAGUUUUCAUUAGUUUUUGGAAGCUUUCAAGUGGGAAAAUUGCUCAAAGAAAUUUUAGAAGAGAUACUAUUGUUAUUGUUACUAAUGUCGAUGAUUUUGAUGAUAUAUAAAAUAAAAUAUUGUAUUUCGAUAUAGUCAUCGUAUAAGAAUAAAAAUUAUUCACGUAAUUUCGACUGUGGUCUUCUCAAAGAAGUCGCAGGAACUUCAAAUUGCUUUGUAAACUUCGAAAAACUAAUCUGAUUUAUCUUUCACUGAACGGUUACUGAAACCUACAUUCCCCCCACCUUCUCAAAUUCAGAUACUCGAAAUCUAUAAACAUUAAAACUGUAAAGAAAUGGAACUAUAUAGGAUUUUAUAUUGACUGUUGGAAUUCUCUUUGAAGAAUCCUCCCUCAACUCUGAUUCGUUUCCAAUGUUCAAUGGAAUAGUCUUCUUAAAAAAAAAUUUCAAUACAAAAAAUUAAGUAAAAUAUUCAAAAAUGAUAUUAGAUAGGAACAGGAGGAAUAAACACAGC